AUGUCAGAAAGUGACUCAAGAUUGCCAAAUCCAGUUUCAUCCCAAAAUGAUGGGGACAGAGUCGAUCACAUGCCAUAUUACGCGCAGAAUCAUAAUAUUCAUAACGUUGAUAUGCUUUUGCGGGAUGACGAAGAUAACGAAAACAGUCCUCUGCUCUACGGAGCAAGUUCUCUUCCAACUGUUUUACUUGAUGAUGAUCAAUACUCAACGAUGCAAAUCGAUCAGUCAGUGAUGCCAAAUACGUCGACUGUAUCUGAAGGAGGCAGAUUGAUGAGUCGUGAUCAGAAGAAACGCCGUCGUCCGAGAAGGAAACGAUUAGUUAGUGAUUCGGUGAUAAGACCAACGAUGAAAACGAGAUUUGCAUCGGUUGCCACAGAAAUUCGGAGGCCCUCGAAAAUCAGUGACCACCGACCGAAACCGAAAGCGACUGUUUUGUCGGUGGCGGUCACCGAAAAUCGAGGGCCACCGACUGGAACCGAAAGGAACUGUUCGGUCGGUGGCAACCGGGGACCAACUUUCAUCGCCAGCAAUCGAAACCGAACUGGCCAACUUUGGGUGGCUACUGAAUGA